UCAAUCGCUGUAAUCGGAGCGGGAUUAUCAGGACUAACUCAUGCUCUAUACCUAGCAAGAGGACUGCUAAACAAUGAUGAAAAACAUCGAAUUGUCGUAUACGAUUCAGCAGAUAGAGUAGGAGGAUGGGUAAAGAGUGAUCGAAUAAAACCCGUAGGGAUGGAAGAUGAUGAAGGUGCUCUUCUAGAAGCCGGUCCACGUAGUAUUCGAAUGGCAGAUCUAGGCGGUCUUUCAACAACUGAACUCAUUGCAACUCUCGAUUUGGGCGGUGAAGUGAUUACCGUUCCUAAAACGGCAGAAUCUGCUUAUCGAAGGAUGAUCAAAUAUGAUGGUCACUUUCACGUCCUUCCGCAUGAUCAAUGGUCACUCUUUCAAACCUCAUUCAAGCCAUCUCACAUUUUUCAGAAAGCAGAUUUUGGAGAUAUUCUCAAUGCGUUGAACAUUGGUGAACGCAAACCGAUUCGAUCAAGAUUUCCCGACGAAACAGUUGAAGGUUUCUUUACAAGAUUAUUAGCACCAAAAAAUAAAGAUGGAAGUUUGAAAGAUGAAAAUUCGCCAACGCCUGCCAUUGUUGAAUAUCUUGCUUCGGCCAUGUUUCAUGGCAUUUAUGCUGCCGAUGUUUCUCAAUUGAGCAUGAGAGCUGUUUUGCCGCAAGUCUAUCAUCCAGCCUUGACCCUUUUUCAAGACAAAAAAAGCUGGCUGCCUUGGCCUUUCAACAUCCGCUUAACGCCAUACUACCUCUUAGGCAGACAAGGUGAAGAAUGGGCAAAGGUGGAAAAUUUCAAGCAAGGGGAACGGUUAAUGCUAAGAAAAUAUAUGAUAGAUAGAUUGGGCGAGCAAAUCACAAAAAUGGUCGCUGAGUCGAGUGUUUUGAGCUUCAAAAAUGGUCUUCAAACGCUAACGGAUGCAAUCGCCAACGAAUGUCGUCAAAGAGGAGUGGAAUUCCGUUUGAAUAGCAAGAUCGACAGUAUACACGUACAAGAACAAAACGGAAAAGCAGUCAUUCGUUCGGAAGGUGGAAAGAAAGAAGUCUUUAACAAAGUCACUUCUUCGCUUCCUUCAAAAGCAUUGCAAGGCUUGUUGAAAGAUACAAAGCUACCUCAUCUUGCAGCCAAUCCUUCUACGACCGUUUGCGUCGUCAAUUUCGCCAUUCCAGCCAAAUAUAAAAUUCGUUUACCGCCCGCUUUUGGAUAUUUGAUCCCACGUGCUUCUGCUAAAGAAGGUGAUAAUCCGUUUGGACAUUUAGGUACCGUCUUUGAUUCGGAGGCUGUACCCGGUCAAGAUUCUUACACCAAGUUAACGAUGAUGUUCGGAGGCCCGUAUUGGAAACCAGCACUCGCAAUCGAAAUUGCUUCUAUAGUAUUGGAACCUCAUUUACAAGAUUCAGGUCAAGACCGUAGUAUUAUCGAUAAUCCUGAUAUUAUCAAACGAAUCUCAGUGCAAAAGGAUUGCAUUCCUACCUACACUGUUGGCCAUAUGGAAAGGAUGUAUGAACUUCAUCAAGCACUCAAGAAGACAGAGAAUGCCCCUCUGAGUGUCUUGGGUGCAUCAUACACUGGCGUUUCACUUAAUGAUUGCAUCUUACACGCCCGAAGGACAGCAAUGAUUACAAUCAACUCG